AUGUACGGCUCUCAAUACACAGGGAACUAUCAAGCCCCUCCCCAGCCAGAAUGGCAGCAGCAGCACCCUCCGCCGCCGCCGCCUGCAAAUGCAUACAACCCCAACACCUACGGCCCCAUACAGCCGUCGACGAGCCCUGCGCCGGGGCUAGAUACGACCAGCUGGGGUGUGCGCUAUAAUCAGAAUGCGCCGCCGCCUCCUUUACCUCCUCGCACCGGCCUGUCACCUCCCCCAUCUUCAUAUUCCUCUCCUCUAGCUACGACGGCUCCUCCACUACCCACUCGUCCCGUGGCGGCAGAAACGAAUUCAUGGGACUAUGGUGCUGGCUAUAAUCAGCCCUCUCAAACCCCUGCGCCUCCUCCGCGGCCGCCGUUACCCGCGGCUUAUCAAAACGAAGCUCAGCAGAAUGCGCAAGCAUGGCAACCUCCCCAGCAGCCAUAUGUACCCCAAUAUUCUCACCAUGCACCUACGCACCAUUAUGAUCCAUCAACGCCGCCGCCUGCACCGCCACCCCAAAGUCAUACGCCUACGUAUUCGGCUGGAAACCAUGCGCCGCAUCCAAGUAUGAGUUAUUACCAACCACCGCCAAUGGAUCAACAUCCAAUAGCACCUCCAGUUUCUUCACCGGCACCGCCAACCAUGAGCCCUCCACCAGCGCAUUACCAACCGCCACCAAUGGACCAGCAUCCAGUAGCACCCCCAGCUUCUUCACCAGCACCGCCAACCAUGAGUCCUCCACCAGGGCAUCCUUCUGGACCUCCAUCGGGACCUCCACCAGGGCACCCACCAGGCCCUCAAACAAGCCAAGGUACAUCGGGUGCAUCUGCCCUAGGGUUCGGCAAUCCAUCUGAUUGGGAAUACCUAUCGGCCACACCGGGCGACGUGGAUGACGAUCAUCUGUAUCAGCAAAAUGUAGCUUCUGUGCAAAGUCACACUCAGCCAGCCCCGCAAAACCAAAUCUACCAGCCUGUCCAGAGCCAAUCUCCAGUCUCGUCGCAUGUUUCCAACUCGGCAUUCUCGGCGCCCAUGCAAUCCACGCCAGCCGCUAAUGCAGCUCCUGAUCAUCAGGCUGUGCCUCAUUCAACCCACCCCGCGAGGGAUGACAGCGUGCGGUCCGAAUACAGUGCAGUUUCAUCAAUGGGCCGUUCCGAGACAAUUGACGGCGUUAUCCAAGCUUGGAACCAGCCCGUGUCUCCGGUUAUCAGACCACAAGACGAGGAUUACUCCCAAAGUCCGAUUUCGGUCUCAGCAAAACUUGCUUCGCCCCCUGUACAAUCGAAUCUGCAGGCUCCUCCUCCGCCAAACACAUAUUCCGAACUUAAGAGCUCCUCGCCUAUGAAGGCUAGCCCGGAUGCCGAUUCAAGGGCGCAAACGGCACCACCUGACCAAACUAGAACUGCGACACCUGGCGCUUCUGAAAAGCCAGCCAAGCCAGUUGACCCGUACGACGACCUUGACCCAUGGUCCAAGUCGUCUUUAUUCCGGUACGUCACGAUGCUGCGGAAAGAAGCCGUGGCCGAGUCGGAUGAGGAAAAAUACAAGAUUUUUACCGGGUUUGUGGCUAAGGAGACACGUCUACGCGAGGUGCUAUAUAACAUCGAGCACGUCGCUAAAGAGCCCAAACUAUCAUCCGACGUUACUCCACCGGAACCUCUUAAGCCAAAACCAGACAAUAAAACUGAGCAGAAGAAUAUCGACCGGAGUGACGAGUCUGGCCUUAUACCCGUUGAAUCGGAAUAUUUUCCAGCCAACGCCGUCGCUAGUUCUGCGCAGUCCCCAGAUGUGGACGAUAUUCCCUACAGUCCAGGGGGGCGGCCGAUACUGCCUCGACCGUAUACGGCACAGGGAGUUAAAAACCAGCAUGCGUCUCUCCAGAGAUCAGCCUCGAACCCUUCUGGCCGUGGUAGCUCCCCGCUAACCAAGGUAUCGCCAGCCCAACUCGAAAGUGAUUUGGCCAUUCGAUCUACAUCUGUACCGCCGCAGUCGGCGACUAGCGAGGAACCCAUGGCUCCUUUGAAACCAGACUCACCUCAGCCCGCGUAUACGCCUUUUCGGUACGCAGAGGGACCUCAACGUGGCUCGGAAAGUCUCAAUAUCGUGCAGCCAGCUUACCAAGCAUACUCUGCAUUACGUCAAGCAUCUGCUGAGAGUGGACGCGCAAUGUCUGGUGCUCCUGUCGAAACUGGCCUCAGCGUUCCCGGCAGCGCUCCCUCGGACGAGACUUUUCUUGGUAUCAUCCGGGAAAAGAGCGUCUCAUACCGAGGAAAGUCGCCAUCCUUGGGUUCCGGGCAGUCUGCGAUUGAGGGACUGGGCGCUUUGAUUCCUAGUCCUUUCCCCAUUGUUGAACCAAGCCCUGAAGUUGCCAGCAUCGAGAAGAAGAUAGAGAUCUACUCUGACGAUUUCAGAUACAUUCCCGUAGCCACCGAGUCUUGGGAAUUAUCAGCAAGAGACCGACGCGAUAAACUAGAUAAAGAACGACUCACACGUCAAGAAAAGUCAGAAGAGCACAUCGAUUCGCUGUUCAACGAUAAGGAGAUUGGCUAUGCCGACAUCAACCCGCUAGAAGAAGAAUUCCGGCAAAAGGAAGCGCGAACACAGCUAGAAGAGGAGAGGAGAGAGCUUGAGCAUUUCAUCCGCAAUGUUUUCAACCCGCUCAAUACUCGCCUCAAGGAAGAGAUUGUGGAGCUGCGAGCGCUCAAUCAAAGAGCGAUGGAAGAGCUCAAGAGGCAGACUGUUCAGGGGGAGCACAGUAGUGCCAAUUACCAAAUCUCGCACACGAUGAAAACAGUAAACACGCUGGCGGCCAAAUUGGAAGACCGGUUCCAGAAGCGACUAGACAUUGCGCUGGAGCGAGAACAACGGCGGAAAAGGGCAGAGCGCCGACCAUAUGUGUUUUUGGGCGAUUCUCGCGCGCUGAAAAAGCUCGACGUUGAUUUCGAGAAGAUGGAAAAGCAAAACAUUGUCGAAGCCGCCAAGGACCGCGACGAACGAGCCAACAAACUGACAGAUCUCUUUGACGGGGCCAUUCUUUGCGCUCUGGGCAAUCACCAGCGAUUACUCGACGACAUUGCAUCCAAGACGAAGAAGCUUGAUGCCAACAGCAGCAAAACAAACAACCUAUCCGAAUCCGACACGGAAAUGGUGAUGCGCUCCAUCUUAGGGCUGACAAAGCUACUCGUCGACGACGCCGAAGCCAUGCUUACUAGCUUCAAAACAGCCGACUCGCUCCUCAACGAGGCCGACUACAAAGUCUCCGUCGCAGAAGCGCAGUACUCCAACGCAAACCCAGACAUUUUCCGGCAACUCGACGACGAGAAGCAAAAGGAGGAUGGCAAGAUUCAGGAAGACCACGCAUCGAAACUGGAGAGUGUGCGCCAGGGACCAGCGCAGACUAAUGCCACGAUUGAUCAGGUCCUGCAGGCGAUGAACAAGGAGCCGGGAAGCGGCACGGGGCCGUGGAAACGACCAGCAUCGAUUACUCUUCCUGUUGUGAAUGGCAACAGCACCAGCAAUAGCCCUCCGCCGCCGUCUACUGUCAAGCCAGUUAUAGAAGAACAGCAACAACAACACCCCGGCGAAGUCCUAAUGCCCGGCCACCGUCCCCGCGCGCCUUCAGCAGAGACAGAGCAGCAAGAGCGACUCCGCAAAGCGCUCGAGGAAGCGAAGAAGCGGAAUGCCGCAAAAAACUAUACUUCCUGA